CAACGUUUGGGUUCUCGCGGUUUUAGGAUGGACUCGGCCCAAGUGCAAGGCGUUUUGGAAGCGUUGUUUGGCACUAUCAGUAUAUUGCAGGCCAGCAAGUUCAGCCAAGUUGCCGCUGCCGUCCUUGCUAUCUAUGAUCAUGCUCUCACUCUAGACGAGGAGAUUCGCUUGGUCUGGAACAAACCAUUCUCUUUGGUGUCUCUACUAUACUACAUAAACCGAUAUGUCGGUGAUAUACUCGUCAUACUGGAUGCCAUUCUCUAUGUCAACACAUUCUUUUCGGUGGACCUAUGCCGCGAUUUCCUGCAAAUAUCAAUUUGGGGUCCCUUCAUAACAGUCUGGGCAACACAGCUGAUCAUGCAACUCCGGCUCUACGCCAUGUUCGGCAAAUCUAAAAAGCUCCUCGCAUUCAUCCUGCCCCUCCUGAUCGCCGAGAUUGGCGGAAUAGUGGCCGUGCUCAUCCUCUACGUCCGCACGAUGGCAUAUACCAACUCGCCCCUGCCGCCCGAAAUCUCUCUGCUGUUACCAACCCUGAAUCUACGUAUGUGCGCGGCGACGAGCGACGAGCGCCUGCUCACGGCGGUGUAUGUGCCCCUGUUCGGGUACGAGGCGGUGAUGUUCAUGCUUGCGCUCGUUGCGCUAGUACGCAAGUACGGUGCGGGGCGGAGGCAGGGCUUCGAGCGGGGCGCGAGGCUGAACGCGACGGUGAACUUGCUGAUGCAGUCGAGCAUCGCUUACUUCUUCGUGUACUUCGUCGCGUGCGCGGUGGCUGUGGGGAUGUACCUGGGUCUUCCUUUCACGUACGCGGAAGUCCUCAACUCCUUCCUGACUGUUGCCUCCAUCAUCCUCGGCAGCCGCCUCGUGCUUAGCUUCCGUGCCUACAACUACCGUCCGCAAACGCUCGACUCGUUCCCUGCCUCUGAUCUCCCACCACCGUCUGCUACUUAUGGAUCUCGCCGCCCGCCGUCGCACAACCAGUGGGCAUCUUCCCCUGCAGGGGUCGCGCGCAAGGGCAGCGAUCCGUAUGCGUCCACUUUCUCGCCUGCGACUUCGAAGAGUACGAUGCCGUACUGGAAUUCGUGGGAUGCAGGGGAACAUGGGAAUGGGUCGUAUCUGGAGCUAGACGACGUCGUGUCGCCGGUGUCGGAGAACUCUCAGUUGGGCGUCGCAGUGUAACAUUCCACGUGUUUGAGAAAGCAUACUUCGGAGAGUUGGCUGUUUCUUUGCAUAAUUACCGUGAGUAUGUAUGCAAUUUGUUGUAUCAUUUAUAUAUACUAUCACAAAC